UUUCUCGCUGUACGGUUUCAACAUCUCAUGCAAGAUAAGAUCUAUUUUAGCUCUGGAGCCUCUGAGCAAUGUUGUCGUAGAAUAACUGGGCUGUGUGGUCAUACCUGAAAAUCCCGUGAGCCGGAACUUCUCGGCUGGCGAACAACAAUGCAUCAGAACAUAUUUUAAAGGAAUAUCAUGCUGCUGAGGUUAUCACCUUGGAAAAAUAUGAAGUCUGGCAAAGGGCCAGUAUGUGAGUUGAAGUCAAUGAGAAACUGGGCAGCGCUUUGUGUGUUUUUGGCGGGCGCGCUCCUUUUGUAUCACGACCCGUCUCUACAACUCUGGUGGCAUCAGAAAUCUGCAGAGGAAACUAAGACUGCUGGUUUCCGUCUGGACAUGGCGACAGAUUGCGUUGAUGACAUGUUCGACGGUUGCAAGUCUGAAACAGCCUCUGUGAUCGACCUGUUCGGCGUGUCUGAGUGGCACGUCGGCCUGAACUUCAGCAUUGGCUGGGCUUCAGCUGAAAGCGGUGCGAAGAAACCUGUGCACGAGCACCUGAAAGAGGAGCACGCUACAGUCAUCUACAUGUACACACAGGUGGACAACAUCCAACAAGAGUUCGACCAAGCAGUGAAAACAGGGAAACAUGACUACAGCACAUACCGAUUCAAGUUCCACUACUUCUACUUCUACCUGACUGACGCCGUUCAAGUUCUGCGUCACAAUCAGACAUCGUGCAGAAGGACUUUUUACGGGACACGGAAACACUUUGAGCGCAACGUAAUCAACACAAACAUGCGUUUUGGUGCUUUCACUUGGGCAGCUUCGAGCAAGCAGUCGUUUGAUUUGAAGGCCAACGUGUCUUGUUUUGAAAUCUACUCGUGCUUCGGCGCCGAUAUAACAUAUUACUCUGCAACGAACCAAGCGGGACAGGUGCUGAUUCCUCCCUAUGAGGUCUUCAAAAUCACUGAUGUCGUGACAGAUGACCCAUGGUGCAGUGUGGUUUACAAGCUACACAGCACCAACGUACCGAGGAGAGAUUUAAAUUGUAAAUUGAAUCGAAGGCGUAUAAAAACAUAUUUAGGAGCAUUUUUAACACAGUGGCGUGAAAGCAGGGUUGGGUUCAUGUCAGUAUGCGUCACGCUGUUGGUCAUCAUUUCUGUGGUCCUUGUAAAACGCAGGCAGAAAUGUUUUGUGGCUGCAGUGCUGGGAGCUCUGCUGGUGCUGAUGGUUAUUUUGGUGAUAUUGAGGGUUAGCCAACAAUCAAAAAGCGGUUUAUUAUUGGAACAUGUCAUUGAGAGAAUUCUUAAGAUGUUUUUGAAAGUUAUGAGGGAAUAUAAAUCUUCCCUCGAGAGGGUCAGCAUGUAUUUAAGAUAAAGAUAAAGAGAUUUUUAUAGUCCUUGUUGUUAUACAAUGACAUUUUGUUUGAUGGCCCACAGCCACAAGAUAGACAAUGUACAAGAUGAAAAUACACAAGGUGAAUAAAAAAAACGCUACUAAGUAAAAUGUAUUGAAUGGGUAGAGCUCCCAGCUGUGAUGGGAAAGGCCUGAAGCUGGUCACAGACAUGAACCAACCCUCGGGGUUGCAUGAGCUCAUGUAAUUAAUGUAUCGGGCAAGUCACCAGUAUUAGUGUGUGAAAUUCAAACUGUUAUAGGUAGUCGUUAUUGCUUCACUGCAUUCACCCUCCCCACAAUGCUCCCUGGUAUGCUCAUGUUUAUCUUGCAAAACGGUCUCCUCAUUAUUGGACACUAAUAAGGCUUCCAAUGUUGUCAGUGAAGCCUGCAGAGACGUUCUGUACGACGCCAUUACGUUGAAGGGUGUUUCUCACUCCUGUCUGUUUACCUACCUGUCUCACAUGAAUCACCAAAGUAUAUCUGCUGUAGUCUGGAAGUAAAAUACAGCAAGAUAAUGUGUCCUUAUGUAGGUUAGGAACCUGAGUGGUUGCCUUCAACUGGACGAGGCUCGAAACAGUUGAGAGAAAUGAAAAAAACAGAGACGGCAACUUCAAACAAGCCCGGGAUGAAGCAGAGAAGUUCUAUAGCUAAAAAUGCUGCAAUCGGGAAUACAUGAAGGAGGAUUAAAUACACAUUUAUAGAGUAGCUUUCAGGUUCACUGCCUCCAACACCUGUACGUUUGCAUGGCUGUGCUUCUCGUCUGUUACAACAUGUAAAGCAGUGUUGUUCAUAGCGUUGGAUCAUUUCUCUUGCAAAUCAUGUGAGAUGAACUGAUUGUCCUAAGAGUCAUUGUGAAAGUUCUAAAUAAGUUAAACACAUAUCACAGCACAGAAGACUCCAUCGAAAAUUAGAGCAUUCAUUUUUUUCAAAAUAAGAAAAUACUUGGUGGAGAAUUCUUACAACUGAGAAAAUUGUGAAAUAUCUAUUUGUAUGCAUUCCUCUUGAUUGUUGUACUUCUAUAAAUUCUCAAGGACCAAAGUCAGUUGUCGCAUACUUCAGUGUUUUAUUGCAGGAUAGAACACCACCUCUCUGACGUCAUUUAAAGGGCAUACAUUUAGAUUCAUAACACAUUUUCUUUGUAUAGCACUUCGAAAAAAGUAAUAUCCUCAGCCAACACAUGAGGUCAAAGCGGUGACACCAAACACUACCAGCAACAGCAGAGGACAACAAGAGCGAUUAUUUCCAGGUGCCUGGAAUGAGGCAAAGACUUUGCUGAAAUGAUAGAAAUACUCAGAGAAAGGACACGGCUCUAAUCAAGGAUCACAUCCAGGUAGUGUGUGUUUAUACCUCUAACAGUGUGUGCCAGAUGUUCAAUGAUGUUGUUGUUGUCCUUUACUUCCAGCUUUUACUGAACAAACUUGUAACACAAGCAAGACCUGUUUAAAAAUGUCACGGGGCGUUCUUCUGGGAAAAAUAAAAUUGGAAACAUUAA